UUGUAGAUAAAUAAUUCCAGAAAUCUAUAAUAUUAAAAAUGGCAUCAAAAAAGAACGCCUCACUCAAGAGGAUUACUAAAGAACAUGGUGAUUUGCAAAGGGACCCACCAGUCGGAUGCUCAGCAGGGCCCGAGGACGAAGAGGACAUGUAUAUCUGGCAAGGAUCUAUAACUGGACCAGAGGAUUCACCAUAUGCUGGAGGAGUAUUCUUUUUAAAAAUAGAAUUCCCAGGGGACUACCCAUUCAAGCCUCCAAAGGUACAAUUCACAACUAAGAUCUAUCAUCCAAAUAUUAACUCUAACGGGUCUAUUUGCUUGGAUAUCUUGAAGGACCAAUGGAGCCCAGCUCUGACCAUUUCUAAGGUUUUAUUGUCGAUUAGUUCUCUCCUGACGGAUCCAAAUCCUGACGAUCCUCUGGUUCCUGAGAUUGCAUCUCUCUACAAGUCAGACAUCGAUGCUUACAAUGAGAAAGCAAAGGAGUGGACCAACACUUAUGGAUAAGCAGCCAACGAUGUGUAUUGGGAGCCAGGACUAGAUACCAAAGCAGUGAUUAUUGUUUGGCGCUUCCUAAUUACUAUUACAAUUGAAUAUAACUGUCUUCCCACGGGGAUUGCCCAGCUCUUUUAUAUGUGCAAAGAGAGGCAUUUAUGUGGCAUUGGGGAAUUUGGGUCGUUUAAGGGAUUUUUGAAGGAAAAUCUGUUGUGAAUCUAUCAAUCCCUUCCUGACUCCAUCA